GAGGAGCCUGUUGACACAUACAUGAUUACAAUGCUGUAAAUUUUUUUAACUUUAUUCUGCCGAGAUUUAUUAAUUAUCAGAGAAAUGGAAUCCAUUCGAACACCCAAGAAUUUUUCACUCAUAUGGAGACGUCACCAGGACCGGUGAAGGGCUUCAAAUUUAGGCCUAUGCUUGGCGCUUACGGCCAUUGAACAGUGAGGGUUCUGCAUCCCUUGUUGACUGGUCACACCUUCCAUUAGCCCAGCUCUGUCAUGAUAUGUAAACAAGUGGACAAUGUGAAGAUAUUGGAGCGGUUUCGAUCCCGGAACCCAGCGGUAGGAACGCUGUACCUAACCACAACUCACCUCAUCUUCGUGGAUGGUGCGGGAAAGAGAGAAACAUGGAUCCUGCACACCCACAUGUCCGCUAUAGAGAAGCAGGCACUCAAUGCUGGGGGAUCCCCUCUACAGAUUCGCUGUAAAGACUUCAGAUGUAUCACGUUUGUGAUUCCCAGGGACAGAGACUGCCAGGACAUUUUUACCUCCUUACAGGAACUCUCCAAACCAGCAGACAUAGAGAAGCUGUAUGCUUUUGUUUUUUCGUCGGCGGACGGAACAGAGAAGUCUUUUGGUUGGGAUCUUUAUGAUGUUCAGUCUGAGUACCUGAGGAUGGGUGUCCCGAAUCAGCUGUGGUCACUUUCUAACCUAAACAACAAAUAUGAGCUCUGUGAUACGUACCCCAGGCAUCUAUAUGUUCCGAACUGCGCCUCCACUCCAGUCAUCCUCGGCAGUUCCAAAUUCCGCAGUCGCGGACGACUUCCUGUUUUAUCGUAUUUCCACAGUAAAACUCAGGCAGCCAUUUGUCGAUGUAGUCAGCCUCUCUCUGGUUUUCGAGCUCGCUGUCUGGAGGAUGAACAAAUGUUACACUGCAUCCUGAAGUCUAACCCUAACCCCAAGUCAGAGUUCAUGUAUGUCGUGGACACCAGGCCCAAGAUAAAUGCCAUGGCGAACAAAGCGGCAGGUAAAGGCUACGAGAAUGACAACCACUACACCGACAUCAAAUUCCAGUUCCUGGGAAUCGAGAACAUUCACGUCAUGAGAGCCAGUCUUCAGAAACUUCUCGAUGUCUGUGAGCUGAGGAACCCCUCAAUGUCGGCCUUCCUUCAGGGCCUGGAGGCCAGCAGCUGGCUCAAACACAUCAAGGCAGUUAUAGACACUUCAGUGUUCAUAGCAGAGGCAGUGAAGAAUGGUAAGAGCGUCCUGGUUCAUUGCUCUGACGGCUGGGACAGAACGGCACAGACAUGUUCUCUAGCCAGCCUGAUGUUAGAUCCGUAUUACAGGACCAUACAGGGAUUUCAGGCUCUGAUUGAGAAGGAAUGGCUGUCGUUUGGUCACAAGUUCACAGACCGUUGCGGUUUCCUAGACACCCCCGAUAAUAAGGAAGUGUCCCCGGUUUUCACGCAGUUCGUGGAGGCAGUGUGGCAGUUGAUGAUGCAGUACCCCUGUGCGUUCCAGUUCAACGAACGCUUCCUUCUGACCAUUCAUGACCACGUCUACUCCUGUCAAUUUGGGACAUUUAUAGGGAACUGUGAAAAAGAUCGACUUGACCUUAGACUAAAUGAGAGGACAUAUUCUUUGUGGGGACACCUCAGCAUACACAUGUCCGAGUUCUUAAACCCUUUGUACAGGAAGGAAUAUGAAGUCACCCACCCCACACUAUCCCCCAACACAGGAUCUCAGUGCUUCAAGUUUUGGAAGGGUAUGUACCAUCGGUAUGACGUGGGACUUCACCCUCGGGAACAGAUUGCAGACAUCCUUAGCGCGGCUAAAGAUCACACGGACUCGCUGGAGGACCACAUCAUACUUCUGGAGAAGAGAGUGACACAGAUCUGUCGGAUGUUGGGAAAAUCAGAGGACGCAAUCCAGAAAAAACUGAAUGGCGGAUUAUCAAUGGAGUCACUAGACAACCUCCGAGAAUCCAUGGAUAAUUCUAUCACAGAAAAGCAGGAGAAAUCCGAGAAAAUCCCCAUUAAUGGAGAGUUUGAUAUCAAACCAGAUGAAAAUUCUAAAUCAAAGGACAUCCAAGAUCUCAUUGACAUUAAGAGUGACAAUGAGUCCGGAUUCGAUGAGUCCAGCUCCCAGUUGUCAAAAUCAGGUCAUGGUGACCUGACUACCACACAGACAGGUAUAGAAACUGGUUCCCUUGAUUCCAGUAUGUGCUCGGUGGGGAGGGACCAGCUAAGCUUGGACCUGCUUGUGUUUGAGAUGAACAGUGUUGCCAUAGAUUGGAAAUCAUUUCGUAAUGUACACAACUGUAGCUGUGCAUCUCCAUUUAAUAGUUUUACAAAAAAGUUCCAUUGCUGGAAAUGCGGUGAGGUGUUUUGUAUGCGAUGCAUCACCAAAAAUAUCCCCCUGCCUGGCCACUCUUCACGGCGCCCUGUUCCGGUCUGUCGACCAUGCUAUAAGGAAAUACGACACUCGCCUUCCAUGGAAUUCCCACCAACAGCUAAUCAGAUUGCAAGUUGAUGACAGUAGAAAGGAAGACUAUUAGCGUGCAAUGUUAUUUAUUCUGUAGAUUACUACUGUGUUACAUUGUAUAUCAGAGAGAGAGAGAGGGAGAGAAAGAGAGUUCCUUUUUGUUUUCUCAUUGCGCAUGACUCAGGUUAUUUGAAAAAUGAGAAUCAUGACUAGAUUUAUAUUUUACAAGAUGAAGCACUGUUAGAAAACAGUAAAUGUGAAUUCUUUAGUUGCUAAAUAUUUACAGUUUGUUGGUUAUAACGAUGUGAUGCAGUUUCAUUGUGACACGGGUUGUUGUCCGUGAGUACUGAUAAAAAAACUGAAGAAGCAGGACAGAUACUCGUGUGUGUUGUUAUGUUCAGUGUGUCCAGAAAACAACCCAACGCUGUAAUUGUGGGCAAGGUCUAUACGUUCACUGUAUUUUGAUUAUAUCGUCAUGAAAUUAUUCUUUAGAAUCUUUUUAGCUCAUUGCUUUGAAGAAUUUCCAUUUACACGGGCCAGUCUAAAAUAAUUUUUACUUGUUAGGUUUGGAAGAUCCAAUCAAUCAACUGUCAGAGAUGAGAUUAGGCAUGCAUUAAUGUGAACCUUCAUGUGCGAUAUGAAUUUUUAAAAAAAACUAUGUCAAUGGUUUAGAAUGCGGUGCCAUGAUUAUUUUCUGCAAAUGCAGGAAAGAAGUUUGAGAUAAUGGCUGUUGAUACAGAAUUUUAUGGAGAGUGACUCUGUGCUCUUCCUUUAUCAUCAAAUAUUGCACUUCAUUUACCACUAGAAUUAAUGAUUAGGCACCACUAGAAAAUUAGCAAAAAUUAACAUUUAGGCACCACCAGAAAAUUAACAAAAAUUAGCAUUUAAACACUACCUGAAAAUUACUAGUAACAAUGAUUAGCAGUUAGGCACCACCAUAAAAUUAACAAAAAUUAACAGUGAGGCACUACCUGAAAAUUAAUAAAAAUUGAUAUGCACUACCUGAAAACAGUGAGGCACUACCUGAAAAUUAACAAUAAUCAGUGGACAGGCACCAACUGAAAAUUAACAAUAAUUAGAGGUCAAGCACUACCUAAGCCUGAAAAUUAACAAAAAUUAACAGUGAGGCACUACCUGAAAACAUUGCAAAUCAGUACUCAGUGAAAGAUAAUGAAACCAGUUUUAAAUUUUGUGUGAAAUGUUGGAGAAUCUUGGCAUUUGUUUACCCUUGUUAAUAGUAAUUAAGGUCAAAUCAAAAGGAAUGUACAAGAGACUGUAAAGCAUGGUCGAAUAUCUACUGUAACAGGAGGUUAAUAUAUGUCAAUGAAAACGACAUUGUUUAGGGGAAACCUCAAUAUAAGUUUUCAGUAUCAGGCGGUAAUUUUUCCUGUUAAAUGUUUUCUAGCCUACUGCAUGUAUAUAUAGGUGGAUUGUGUGUAGUUUACACCUUGCCCAUCGUCAGUAAUCCAAUGUCAGUCUCGUUAUCCUUAACCUCGAGAAAUGGCGAGACCGACCGUCAGUUACCGAUGAGGUACCUUGCCCUAGUGUACGUCUACUGACCCCAUAGAUAGAGCUGUCAUUCCGACAUAACACGUGUCUCGGACUACUGUACCACACAGAUCCCAGGACAUCUCAUACUGAUCUAAACCUAAAGACCCUUGUGCUAAAUAAUUCAUCUGGACACCUCCAACACAGACUUCAACUCAACACCACAGGCUUCAACUCAGUAUUAAUCUCAACACCACAGGCUUCAACUCAACACCACGGGCUUCAACUCAACACCACAGGCUUCAACUCGGUAUUAAUCUCAACACCACAGGCUUCAUCUCAACACCACAGGCUUCAUCUCAACACCACAGGCUUCAACUCGGUAUUAAUCUCAACACCACAGGCUUCAACUCAACACCACAGGCUUCAACUCGGUAUUAAUCUCAACACAACAGACUUCAACUCAAUACUGUGAAUACAAAUUUGAUUUCAACUUGAAAACAAACUUCAUCUUGACUCCACAAACAAGUUUUGUUUUGAUACUGUGAAUACAAAUUUUAUCUUGAGGUCAUGAAAACAUUUCAUCUCGACCCAUUGAACAAAAUGGUCAUCACUUCACCUCAUCCUCAAGCUGUGAUUAUUUAUUAGACAUUGCAGUUUUUGUAAGAGUUAAUGUAUAUUUGUUUCAUUUAUCAACCGCUGUUUGCAUGUGUUAUAUUAAAAAAUUAGGCUUCAUAUUAAACAUAUUUUUAAUUCUGAA